AUUGAGUUCCAUGACAAGAUGAUAAUGUCACAGUCGGUCCUCUUGAAACAAGCGAUGGCUUGUCAAGGCUCUGUUCAGUUGGUUGUGUGAUGUUCUACGGAUUAGUAGCUUGGGUGUGGAGCAAGCUGAGGACAAAAUUCAUGUUGAGUGGGCCACAGGUGCAAACUUGCUCUAGUCAAACAUGAACAUGGAAGGUAAGAAAGUGUUGCACAUUGGAAAGCUUGGCGUACCCACGUGGACCAUCCACCGUUCUUUCGGAGACCAGACGAUUCGAUCGGACACGGUCUCCUGCGCCUUUGGACUCUAGCCCAUGUCCGGAUCUCCAGUAGUCAUCGAGCUGAGGACGAAGACGGCGCCAGAAUCGUUCAAGAAUGUCCGAAGUCUCACAAAUUGAUUCCCGUCGAGCAGUUUUCGAUACGCCAUGGAGCUCCUCAUGAGCAGCAGCGGCGGCAGAUUGGACUCUCACUCCAUUGGUCUUGAAUACCGAGUACGUGGAGAAUUUGGAAGUGAAGCUGCCCGCUUUAUGGCAUAGAGGAAUUUAAGCAGAGUCUCUCGGGGAAAUGUUUGUCAGGGUCGUUCUCAGUUCCAGCCCUGCCCUGCUCUCGUUUGCGUGAUAAGUGCAACAAGAUACGCGGAUAGUUCUGACAAAUCGGUCAAUUGCUGGCGUUUCAAACUCCUGCGAGUGACUCUGAAUCGUUAGCAUUAACAUGAGUUAUGCGUAUCGCAAUCUGCAAAAUUUGGUAUGGCUAAUCUUGGUAGCAGCAGUGCGAGCUCUUGAAACGAGGUCAGGUACGUUUUUGGAAACGGAUUUGGAGCGAAACAGAAUUUGGAGGCAGCCUUCGGACACAGGAACCGACGGAAAAAUUACAGAGAGUUUUGGAGUCAAGGUUGAUUUGAAUCAUCCAGACGCCUUUCAAUCAGGUUCAGGAUCCGUCGAAAAAGUAGAAUUCACAACUCUCGACAGAAUUCGAAGAGAUAUCGAUGAUUCAGCUGCACGUGGAGAAUUUAUCAGGAAAUCGCUGAGCAAUAAGAAGUCGCCUGGAGAAGCAGCUAGAAUUCGGCCGGGAAGAAGAGUUUUACAGGAUAGCAAGCAUAUUUGGAGGAAGGAUGAGACAGGUAGUGGUCGCCAUCUUCAGUCCGCAAGAUAUGAAUCUCAAAUUUCGAUUACUGGUGGAGGUUACUCGAUGCAAAUCUCCAUAGGUACUCCGGCUCGGACAUUCACUGCCUUUGCUGACACGGGCAGUGAUCUGCCAUGGUUACAAUGCAAACCCUGCAAGAGCUGUUUCCUACAGCCCGAACCAAUCUUCCAUCCAGCUACAUCCGUUUCUUACAGAUCGGUUCAAUGCAAUUCCACCUUCUGCAGUCAGCUGUACGAAGGGAAGAAUUUCGCCGGCUGCAUUCCAGACUGCAAAUACCAUUACGACUAUCUCGAUCACACUCACAGCCGAGGAGAUCUGGCACUGGAAACGCUCACUCUCUCUGGCGGCGGCGGAGGUCCGAUUCUCCGACUCCCUGAAUUUGCUUUCGGAUGUGGCCACGAUAACAGUGGUUCUCUGAAUCAAACUGGUGCCGUCGGGAUCAUCGGUCUAGGGAGGGGAAAGCUCUCCCUCCCAUCCCAGCUCAAGCCUUACAUUGGAUCCAAAUUCUCCACUUGCUUUGUAAAUAGAUUCGUAGCAGGCAAGAGGACGAGCCCACUGUUUUUCGGGGAUAUGGCGGGCCCUUCUGGGCCUGAUGUGCAGUACACACCGAUGCUGCCCUCGAGCUCUUCCUUCUACUACUUGCAUCUGGAGGGCAUCAGUGUAGCCGAUACUUACACGAGUGUUAAUAAAGCUGGACACUUGAGUUUGUUCGAAGUUACAGAUGUGGCAUCCUCUGUUGAAUCACUUUCAUCGGACUAUGUUAGGACGAUCUUGGACUCAGGGAGCACCUUGACAACUCUGGUUCCUGGAGUCUACAAUUCUGUGAUUCAGGCGUUUCAUAAUCAUUCUCCCGACUAUCCGCAGGUGGACAUGAGCCAGCACGGAUUGGAUUUGUGCUUCGAUGUCACUGAUGUCGAGCACCCGAAGAUGCCCGAUCUCAUUUUUCAUCUCACCGGUGCAACGUGGAGUCUGCCUCAAGAGAACACGGUUCUGAUUGUCAGAGACGACGAUGGUCGUGGAGUGCUCAUGUGCGUGGCUCUUUCCCAGUCCAAGAUCGAGGCCAAUGUAAUCGGCAACAUCCAUCAACAAGACUUUCACAUUGUCUAUGAUGAAGACCAAUCCAGUAUCGGAUUUGCCAGAGUCAAAUGCCACACGCUGUGAGAAAACACUCUAGAAUUAGAUGUCGUUGUAUGAAAUAGGUACUCGUUCAUGAAUCAAGCCCAAGUGUACAUAGCAGUAGAGACGAGAAGUUCAUGGACGGAAACCUUCAUUCAAUUUUUGUCCUUACCAAUCAGCGGGAUUGUGGAAGUUGUGAAGAGUAGAGAAACCUCAUAACCAUUUGUUAAGUAGAGCGGGAAAAGUUCGACCAUGAAUCCCGUCAUAUACGAAAACUUCGAAUUUCAUCGUAGUUUUUACGAUACUCGCGAGAUUCUUGUAAACGAAGAGCUCAGAUUAGAGCGCCAAUAGCACUCUGCCAAUUUUUUUCAAUCAAUUAUCAAGGCCCGG